AUGAGGGUCGAUCGGGAAGGAACCGGAGGAGAUGUGAGGAAUCAGAGUGAAUCAGGGGAAGAUCUAAUGAAUCGAUAUGACGGACUGGCCCUGGUACGCACCAGACUUUGCGACAGGUUCCGUGGGCUACCGCGGGAAAGCAUGAUACUCCAGAUGAAGGAAAACGAGUGGAAUGGAGAUUACAACGAGUAUAGUAACGCAUUCUCGGAUAUAGUAACUAAUGGAGAGGAUGUGCCUAAACAAGAUCUGGUUCUGUACUUCCUCGCGGGACUACCAGAGGAAAUAGGAGAUGAAUUGACAAACCGGGGAAAGAGGGAAUUUUCGACUUGGAACGAAGCGGCAGACGCGUUGAGAGAAUACAUCGUCCCGCUGAACUCGUGGCGAGCGAAGAGGAAACGUACGGUGCGGGAAAUGUAG